AUGUCCUCCGUGCAGGUGAAGCCAACGCUAAAGUACCGCAGAGUUGGAAGCUACUACACGGCAACCCACUUUCCGGACGAGAUUCUUCGGGAGGCGCUCUCCUACAAACACCAGCCGGAAGACGUCUUCAUCGUCACGUACCCGAAAUGCGGCACGACUUGGAUGCAGUGCAUCCUCUACCAGAUCUACACCAACGGUGAACCCGUGGAGUCCAUCGAGGAUUUCGUGACCAGAAUGCCCUUUCUGGAGAGGAUGGGUGUAGAAGGUCUUGCCGACCUGCCUCGGCCAGGCAGCGCCAUCAAAACCCACAUGCUGUACGACCAGGACCGCGUCUCCAAGCAGGCCAAGUACAUUUACGUCGCUCGGAACCCGUACGACUGUUGCGUGUCCUUCUACAACCACUACAAGCUCUUCCCGCUCUACCAGUUCGAAGACGGAACGUUUGACCAGUUCUUCGAGCAGUUCAUGCGUGGCGAAGUGGAAUUCGGCGACUACUUCGACCAUCUCCUCUCCUGGUACCCUCAUCGGGACGAACCCAACGUCCUGUUCAUGACUUACGAAGACCUGAAGCAGGACACCCGGUUUUGGGUGCAGAAGCUUGCCGACUUCUUGGGGAGUCGGUACGGAGAUAACUUGCGGCAGGAUCCCGAUGCCAUGGAGAGGAUCCUUGACGCGACCAGUGUGGCCAACGUGCGGGAGUUGUUUCGGCGCGAGAGAGACCAUCAGAGACAGGUGACGACGAAGAUACCCGUCGAUGAGAUGCCCAGGUGGGCUGCCCUCUUCCAGGAGGCAGCGGGGGAUUUAUUGAAAAAGCCGCACGCCGGGGAGUUUGUGCGCAAAGGGAUGGUCGGUGACUGGAAAAACUACUUCAAGCCCGAGCAACGCGAAAGAAUGAAGCGUAAGGCGAGGGAAAGAUGCAACGGGAUUAACGCCAUGGAACUGUGGAAGCAUUUAGGCAUCUGUUGAGUAGUUCCUUUGUCAUUCACUCCGCCCACAAAUGUGAGGAAUUUAUUCAUUUGUACUUUGUUGGAUGGGCGAUUUGGUGGCAGUGCCGCCAUGGUAGCAUUGCCGACGCGUUCUGUGUUGUUAGUUGUUAAAAUCAGAAAUCCACUGCUUUCAGUUUUUAUUAUUAUUAUAAUUUUUUUUUUACAUUACUGCAAUUUCUUUUCAUUCUACACAAGACCUACAAAUUGUAUUUUGUUAUC